UUAAAGAACCGUAUUUUAGGUUCAGAUUAUCAGGGAACUUUUCCAGAGAGUCUUGUAUCAUGUAUUCCGUUUUUAACUGUGUUCCUCAAUUGCUGUUUUGUGUCAUGAUAUCCACUGUAUUUGGAUCACAAGAAACGAACACUGCAGACCACCGAGUAACAGACGGAAGACAGGGUCUGUUUUCUGUAGAUGAGUUCCGUUACUUGAAUGUGCCUCGAGUUGGAAUAUUCUCGGUGCACGACGACUUGGAGUGUAUCAUGAGAUGCGUUCAACAUCCAUCUUGUAUUUCUGUGAACUUGGCCCUCGAAAUAAGAUUGCGGUGCGAGUUAUUGUCAUUUGAUAAGUACAGCAACUCCAGGGAAUUCAAGCAAAACGAAAGCUCACAUCACUAUCACAUCGUGAAUAUGUGCGCUGAAAAUCAUUGCGCAAAUAACGCCUCUUGUCAAAGAAGUUCUACAGACAAACUUUAUCAGUGUUUGUGUCCUGCCGGAUACGAAGGUGCGAGGUGCCAAAACGAUAUCGAUGAGUGUGCCAAAGGGAAUCACCAUUGCAGUCCUUAUGCCUUUUGCAAAAAUACCAAAGGAUCUUAUAACUGUGCAUGCAAGCCGGGGUUCACUGGGAAUGGCCGGGAAUGCAAAGGACCUACUUCGUGUAAAGAAAUUUAUGACAAGGACACAUCCAGUAUCAGUGGUGUGGUUACCCUUUUUGUUGACUCCAACCCGUUGUCCGUUUUUUGUCACAUGGGAAAUUUUGGGUGUGGAGAUGGAGGAUGGACGCCAGUCAUGAAGAUUGACGGCAGAAAGACCACCUUCCAUUAUGACGCACAUUAUUGGAUAAAUUACGAUGAAUUCAACCUUCUCGGUGGAGAGACUGGGUUUGACGAACAAGAAUCAAAACUAUCCACCUACUGGAACACAUCAUUCUCCAAGAUCUGUCUCGGAAUGAAGAUCAACCAACAGCUCAGGUUUAUUGUCAUCAGUAAGUUGGCUGACUCUCUGCACUCACUAAUUGCUGAUGGCCAAUACCGCAACACCUCACUGGGUCGUGACGGGUGGAAAAAGUUGAUUGGCAGCAACGCCUCUUUACAGCGCAACUGUAACAAGGAAGGAUUCAAUGCUGUUGGUGAUCGUGAUCAUGCGAAAGUCAGAAUUGGUAUUGUUAGCAAUGACCAGAACCACUGCGAAUCAUGCAACUCUUUGAUUGGAUUUGGUACAGGAAGUCAUCCAAAAGGCGCAAAAUCUUGCGGAAACGAGGCACUCCAAGAUGGAGGGAGGAGUAUCAAAGCCAUGGGAUAUAUAUUGGUGCAAUAAAACCAAUUAUUGACUACUUAGUCCGUAAAUGACGUUUCUUUCACCCUGGAGACAUCUUAUUCCGACAAAACAGUAAGGGAAACGGUUGUCAAAAAGCCCUAAAUAUACAGUUACUAAACAUUUACACUACUAAAGAGAUAUGUAGAUAUCCACAAGUACUUAAAUUUCUUAGACUUCAGCAUACAGGCAUAUUUAAGACGUUUUUUCUAAAAUGUC